CUUCUAGAUUCAACCCACGUAGAGUAACAUCACCCAAUAUCAGCAACAUCCAAUCCAAUCCAAUCCCAAAUUUCGAAAAUCCUGUCCCACGUCUUCUUUCCGAUCAAAACUAGGGUUUCUGUUUUCUUCCCAAAAACGAUGCACCAAACCUAAAAAUCCCUAAAGCCAAAACCAGGGUUUCCUUUUCCUCCUCCUCCGACGAUGUCGACGGCGGGACCACCUCAAUCUCCGACCGACGGAGUCGACACGACGCCGUUUCUCCCCGAACGCAGCCGCCGCCGGCUCGCGCGCCGCACGCCGAGCCUCCGUGGCGCGGCGCGCUUCCUCCGCCGCGCCAGCAGCCGGGGCAUGAUGCGCGAGCCGUCGAGGCGGGUGCGCGAGGCGGCGGCCGAGCAGAUCGAGGAGCGGCAGAGCGACUGGGCGUACUCGCGCCCGAUAGUCAUCCUCGACCUCGUGUGGAACCUCGCGUUCCUCGUCGUCUCUGCCGUCGUGCUGGCGGUGAGCAGGAACGAGUCCCCAGCGAUGCCGUUGAGGCUUUGGAUCGUUGGCUAUGCGAUGCAGUGUGUGCUUCACAUGGUGUGCGUGUCUUUCGAGUACAGGCGGCGGUGGUUGCAGCAGCAGAUUAUUACUUCCGGUGAUAAUUUGAACUCGCGGUGGAGUGGUGGUGGUGGUUGGUGGAGGAGAAUGAAUUCAAAUUCGAGCUCGGAAAGCGAUGAGGGCGAGCCAAGGGAUUAUAUCCCGGAGCGGCCUCAGAGUGAAGAUGAAACUAGUGUUGCUAAGCAUUUGGAAUCUGCAAAUACAAUGUUUUCGUUUAUAUGGUGGAUCAUUGGAUUCUAUUGGGUAUCUGCUGGCGGUGAAAAUUUGACUGAAGAUUCACCUCAACUUUACUGGCUCUGUAUAACUUUUUUGGCAUUUGAUGUGUUCUUUGUUGUUAUCUGUGUUGCCGUGGCAUGUGUCAUUGGUAUAGCUGUUUGCUGCUGUCUGCCAUGUAUAAUUGCACUCUUAUAUGCAGUGGCAGAUCAGGAAGGAGCAACCAAGGAAGAAAUUGAACGACUCCCGAAGUACAGAUUCCAGAAGAUAGGUGAAUUUGAGAAACAAAAAGGAGAGAUUCAAGAAUCUUUUGGAGGAUUAAUGACAGAAUGUGACACUGAUUCACCAAUUGAACAUGUUCUUUCCCUAGAGGAUGCUGAAUGUUGCAUUUGCCUUUGUGCCUAUGACGAUGGAAACGAACUGCGUGAACUCCCUUGCCGUCAUCAUUUCCACUGCUCCUGCAUAGACAAGUGGCUGCACAUUAACGCCACCUGUCCUCUCUGCAAGUUCAAUAUACUAAAGAACGGUGAUCAAAGUGGUAGCGAGGAAGUAUAGGAAAGCUGGUUAUUCUGUGUAUCUCAUGCAUGUGACGCGACCCUAUCUGUCGUUUCGGCUCAAGACCUGUUCCAGUUUGUGCUGUUCAUGCUUACGUCGGAGUGCUGCAGAAAUUUGUUGUGUUUCCUCUUGUUUGUGUUUUUCAAUUAUUACCUUGCUUUCAUACGUGCUCAAUAUUGUAUAUGUGCGAUAUUCCGCUUGACCUAAAAAAAAAAAAAUUGUAUAUGUGCCUUUUGUCUUCUUUUUUUCCCGUUAUAUGCCAACAGUACAUACUAUGACUUGGGGGGCGAUGGUCGGUAGUAGUACUGUUGUAUCUUGUAAAAUCUGGAAAUCGUGUUACAUGCAUAAUGUGAAGAUAAAUACAUCUCUCUC